AUGGCUGAAAAGGACAUCAUCUGCAUUGUCUCUUCGCAGUAUAAAGCGGUAUUCUUGAAGAUUAAUUCUUCAACCACCAUCUUGGAUCUCAAGUUUGAUGCGGCAGAGAGGUUAGAUCUUCCAUACGAGUCAUUAAUUUUGGCAUACGAAGAUCAAACAGUUGGAAGCUUAAAAUUUCUCAUUGAGAACGAUGGUGAUCUGACGUCUAUGGUGGAGCAUUGCCACAAUCUUGGACUGAAAGAGGUUCACGUGCAAGCUUUUAAAGAAGGAGAUGAUUCUUCGAAUAAACAGGAAAACGAGCAAGUCCGACAAGACAUUUCUAAUCGCUAUUUUGUUAGUUCUACUAGAGUUAUUGCUGGUUCCACUAUAGUUCCCAUAUUUUUGAACUCAAAAAGUGUAGACUGUGGCCCGUCGACGUUGUGGACCACAAGUGUUCCAGAUAAGAAUCCCAAUGACUAUCCUUCCGGAGAUGAUGUCAUGAUGAUUGAUGACAUGAUUAGCAGAUCAGAGAGGAUUCCUGCUUGGUGGCACACAGCUUUAACCGGUGAGGGACAACGAUUUGAAAGUGCGAAGGAGUUAAGAUUGGCCUUGCUAUACUACUCCAUGGUAAAAAAAUUCGAAUACGAGUUUGGGAAGAAUGAACCGAAGCGUAUUCGAGUGUUUUGUCGGUUUAAGGCAGCAAAAAAUUGUCCGUGGAUGUUAUUUGCCUCUCCACCGAAAAAUGAUAAUAGACUUGAAAUCAAAAGGUUUGUGGACAAUCACAGUUGUGGGCAGCAUGGCAAUAAUGCUGGUCAAUCUAGAGCCUCAAGGCGAUUCAUUGCUACCCAAUUACAACCCACGUUAAAGGUUCGACCGGAUAUACGGCCUAUUGACGUUCAAAAGGAGUUUCUAAGCUCGUAUGGGAUUAGGGUCGAUUAUAGUAAGAUUUGGUGGGGUAAAGAAAGAGCACAAGAGAAAUUAUAUGGUGAUGCCCAUGAGUCCUACGAUCAAUUACGAUGGUAUGUAGAAGAGGUCAAGAAGACAAACCCAGGUAGCUAUAUUCAUGUUGAACAAAAUGAGGGGAGGUUUACAAGGUUAUUCAUUUGCUACGCCGCCUGCAUAAAUGGUUUUUUAUACGGCUGUAGACCACUCUUAUUUUUGGAUGGUACCUUUCUUAAAGAUCGAUUCAAAGGCAUACUCCUAAGCGCCGUAGCAUAUGAUGGAAAUCAGGGGAUAUUUCCAUUGGCGUAUUGUAUAUGCGAUCAGGAAAAUAAUGUUAACUGGAAGUGGUUCUUACAAGGUUUGUGGUCUAUUCUCUAUGAAAGGCCAGAUCCAUACAACCCUCCACACAAGCUAGUGAUAAUUUCAGAUGCGGAUAAGGGGAUCAGAGAAGCAGUUAGAGAAUUUUUUCCAGAUUCUAUACACUCUCGAUGUGUGUUGCAUCUAGUUGAGAACUUCAGGACAAAGUUGAAGGAUUUGGGAUUCAAAUCAAAAGAUACUCAGAUCUUGGGUAAUCUAUUGCAAUCUGCCUGUUACAAAUAUACUAGAGCAGAAUGGAACGAUUACAUGGACGACAUUAGACUGGUUGACGAAAGAGCUUACAAUAUUGUGAUGAACUACGCUCCAGAAAACUGGGCCAAUGCGUUUUUUCCUGGAGUUAGAUAUGGUCACGUUACAUCAAAUGUUGCAGAGUCAUUCAACAAAUGGAUACAUGAGGCUAGGCUACUACGGAUACUUCAACUGGUAGAGCACAUACGUAAACAGAUUAUGGUUCGUAUGAAUGAGCGACGAACCAUGGCUGAAAGCUGGAAUCAAUUUCUUUGCCCCAAAGCUGAACUUGCUCUCAAAGAGAACAUGGAAAAUGGCCGUCCAUUGGAGGUUCGUCAGUCCCACACAGGAUUAUUUGAGGUACAAUCCCAUAGAUCUUGUCAAGUGGAUCUAGACAAUAAAACAUGCACUUGCCGUGGGUGGGAUGUAACCCGUGUCCCUUGCAAACAUGCAUGCGCAUCCAUUAUGUUUAUGAAAAGGGAUGUCUACCAGUUCUGUGACUGGUUUAUGACGGUUGAAGCCUUUAAAAAAAGCUACGAGCCAAUCCUCUACCCUAUCCCUGACUUUGAGAAGCGCAUCGUGCCAAGGGAUGAGAUACAGAUCCUACCUCCACUUACAAUAAAAAGGAAAGGGAGAAAUAAAACCAGGCGUAUCAACAACAGAACUGUUUACACGCGGCCAGUAAAAUGUUCUCGAUGUCAUAUGGAAGGUCAUAACCGUAAAACAUGUAAUGAAUCUAUAGCUGACUAA